AUGUACAAUAUAUACAAAGAAAAGCCAUUCUACAAGCGAGCGUACGUAGCUCCUCUGUACUUCCUCCCUGUUCUAGCAUUGAAAAGCAACUAUCCCCAGGUGGUGAUUGUGUUUACAUUGCUACUCUCUGGAACGAUGUUUCUAUCGACAUUCUGGUCUGACCGAGUUCAUAUCUUAUUUUCAAUGGAUCUUAACACCGAGGGAGAUUAUAUACAGUACCUAGGUUCCCUGUGUAAACUCAGUGACGGAGCUUUUGAAUUUGAAAAGUCUGGAUAUCUCUUAACUGGUGAAAAGAUUGUUAGACUCCGAGCUGAUACAAAAAGGCCUUUUGAAUAUUAUGAGAAAUGGCAAGAGAGAAAGGAAGAAUUUGUUGAAUCUGGGCUUCUGAAACAUUUCAAAAAGAAUAGGUUUGAUAUUGUACCUCCAUCUUUUUUCCAGUUGUUUUUACAGCAUGCUGUGUCUCCGCUGUUUGUAUUCCAAGUGUUUUCAGGGCUUCUUUGGUGUCUUGACGAGUACGUCUACCAAGCGAUAUUCAGUCUUGUGAUGUUAGUUGUUCUUGAGUCUGGACUUGUUUUUCAAAGAAUGGUUACGGCCAGACACUUCAAAAAGAUGAGUCAUGCCAAGGUUAAUGUCGAGGUCUUAUAUGAUAGUAGAUCAUGCAGAAAGAGCGAAGAUAAAACUGUAUCAUCUGAGGAUUUAUUUCCUGGGGACGUUAUCAGAAUCAAAUCUACUAUGAGUGUCCCCUGCGAUCUUCUGCUGGUUAAGGGGUCUUGUGCAGUGAACGAGGCAAUGCUUUCUGGAGAAUCUGUUCCUCUUGCAAAGGAAGAUAUUUCCGAAAGAAAUCCAAAAGAUACAUUUGACAGGAGUAAAGAUAAAAAACAUAUCCUGUAUGCAGGAACGGAGAUAGUGAUGAUAAAAGACUCUCCUUUAGUGUGUUUUGUACUUCAUACGGGGUUUGAAACUGAAAAAGGUGGGCUUGUAAGGAAAAUGAUGUGUACAGAAGAGGUGACUGUGAACGACAGAGAAGCAUUUAUUUUUAUAUUUGCCCUCCUCGUGUUUGCAAUUAUUGCGUCAUUCUAUGCAUAUAAAGAGGGAAAGAAGAUGGGGAAAUCCAACUACAAACUACUUUUGGAAGUAAUUUUGAUUUUAACAAAUGUAGUUCCCACAGAACUUCCAAUGGAGUUAAGCAUGGCAGUCAACAGUUGUGUCCGGGCUCUUAUUCAAAAGGGAGUUUAUUGUUUGGAGCCCUUUCGAAUUCCGUAUGCCGGAAAGGUAAAUGUGUGCUGCUUCGACAAGACUGGAACAUUAACAGAAACAGUUAUGGAAGUUGCGGGGAUUAAGCAUGAGACAGAAAACUCAACUGAUGUACUUUCCAGCUGUCAUUCUUUGUUAUUACUUGAAGGGAAAGUAACGGGUGACCCUCUAGAAACAAGUACUUAUGAAUACUUAAAAAACAAGAAGUCACUAGGGAGCAAAUGCUUUGAGUACCAAGUUCUUAAGACAUACUCCUUUUGCUCGGAACUAAAGAGAAUGACAGUGGUGGUGGAGAAAGAAGGAAAGAGAUUUGUUGGGAUGAAGGGAGCUCCCGAAGUUGUCAAGGAGUAUCUAAGUUCUGUACCCGACUUCUAUGAUGACUAUAAGGAAUAUGCAGCCGAUGGGUAUCGUGUGCUUGCACUUGGGUUCAAGCCUACCAGUAAGCAAGACAAAUAUGUCCGAAAAGACAUGGAAUCAGGUUUAUCUUUCGCAGGAUUUGUCUUGUUUGACUGCAAAUUGAAGAAGGAUGUAAGAGAAACAAUUGAGGCUCUUCAUAUAUCAGGGCAUAAAGUGAUAAUGAUAACUGGAGAUAAUGUGCUAACUGCAAGGAAUGUUUCCAAAAAGAUCGGGAUAUCUACAAAAGCUGUAGAAGGAGCAGAAAUAGAUAAGGUAUUAGAAAGUGAUGAAUUUCCAUCCAUAUCGAUUUUUGCUAGGGCCGAUCCUAUUCACAAAGAGAAGAUCAUUGAGAAAUACAACAAGAUGGGAAAGUACACACUGAUGUGUGGGGAUGGGACAAAUGAUGUUGGAGCACUAAAGAGUGCCCAUGUGGGAAUAGCUCUUAUGGAAGCACCGGUGAUUGUUCGCAAGGAGAAAAAGGAAAAAACCAAGGAGGAGAACAUUAUGGAAAGUCUUUCAAAAGAUAUAGGAGAAGAGAAGAUCAAUCUUGGAGAUGCAAGUGUUGCAGCGCCAUUUACAGCAAAGACAGGGUCGCUUGAUUCUGUUCUUGAUAUCAUAAGACAAGGAAGAAGUGCCUUGGUAACAACCAUUCAAAUGUACAAGAUUCUGGCAUUGAAUUCCCUUGUCAGUGCAUUCUCUUUGAGUGUUUUGGAUUGCAUGGGUGUUAGAUAUGGAGAUGUGCAGUUGACUGUUUCUGGACUCCUCAUUGGAUUUGCAUUUAUGUUCCUGACCCAAAGCCAGCCUCUUAAGGAAAUAAGCAAAAAAAGGCCCUUGACAAACAUAAUCAACUCGUACAUCAUCUCCUCUGUUGUUCUCCAGGUUAUCGUUCAUAUAGCUUCCUUCUUUAUCAUGAUAAGAAGAAUAAGGGAUGUAGAGACGCCUGUGUACAACGAAAAGUUUUCUCCUUCAUUAAUGAACUCUGCUCUAUUCUUCCUAUCGACAACACAGCAGAUAUCGACGUUUCUUGUAAACUACAUAGGAAGGCCUUUUAGAGAAAGCUUGGUGGAAAACAAAAAGCUACUUGGAUGUCUUACUAUCUUGCUCCUUUUUAUACAUCAACUCGUGAUGGGGAAUAACGACGAACUUCGAGCAAAGAUGGAAAUUGUUGACAUGGGCAAUGUAAAGGUAUUUGUUUAUAGUGUGUUAGUGAUGGAUAUAGUGUUGUGUUACUUGGUGGAAAAAACAUGCUUCUACAUGUUCAUGCUCUAA